AUCGUAUAUAAAUUCAAGCCGCGGCGGGCCUAACGUUCGUCGUUGUCGAUUACUUCUGAAGUUCUGAAACUAAGGGUUUUAGGUGAAUCCAGAGAGGCGAGAACAGCUUUCUAUCGAUCAUCAAUGGCGGAUGAUGAUUACAAUGACGUCGACAUGGGAUAUGAAGAUGAGCCACCAGAGCCUGAGAUGGAGGAAGGAGCUGAAGAAGAAUUAGAUAACAAUAAUGCCGAUGAUGUUCCUGGUGAACCUGUUGAAGCAGAGGAUAAGGAAGAUGAAGAACCUAUUGAACGUGUGCGUAAAACCUCAAAAUUUAUGACGAAGUACGAACGUGCUAGAAUUUUGGGUACUCGUGCCCUCCAAAUCAGCAUGAAUGCUCCUGUCAUGGUCGAGUUGGAGGGUGAGACUGAUCCACUUGAGAUUGCAAUGAAGGAGCUUCGUGAGCGGAAGAUACCCUUCACCAUUCGUCGCUACCUACCAGAUGGAAGUUAUGAAGACUGGGGCGUUGAUGAACUUAUUGUGGAGGACUCUUGGAAGAGGCAAGUUGGUGGCGCUUGAUCUAUAUCCUUUGUUGUGUGGCUGUCAGCGUAUGUGAGAUAGUAGUUUCAACUGCAUGGCGAUUAGAGCCCCAUGGUCCAAUACAGUCAUCUUCGAACGGUGAGAUGGUUGCUCGCCAUUAUUGUUUUGUUAUAUAACUAUCUAUAGUAUAUUGGGAAAGAACCACUAAUGGCAAACAUUCUUUACUAUUAUAAAGCAUGUCAUUAACACUUCCAUUA